AAAACAACAAUUUUGCUGUCUGCUUGCCGUCCCAAACUGAUUAUUGACCCGAUACUCUGGUUACCUAUGGCACACAGUGAGCGUAAUCGAACUAUUCGAUGGCGUCUUGGUUGGCUACCCGAAGGAAUAUCUAAAGCCUGCCCAUAUCAUCCUUAUGUACACUUUAGUUGGUCACACGCUACUGAAUGCUUGCACAUGCGCACUCGUUUAUUCUUGCCACGAUCAAUCGCAGAUCCUCUUUCCUUUCUUUUAAAUCAUCUCCCUCAGCAUAAGUACCGAAAUUCUCAGGAUGUUUCUGCCUGGCUCUAUCGUUGGUCACUUAUAUGCACCAUUCUACAGAAAAUGGAUUACUUACUACACGACAAACUAUCCCCCUCCACUUCUUGA